AGUCGCUUUGGAGUCGAAAUCGCCUCAAAAAUCCACGCAGCACGUACAUACCUAGUAAACAGUGAAUCAAUUUUUCCCGAGAAUAUUUGGGAAAACGCCACCAAAAUGUCGUUUGAUUCGAUUCCGAAAGAUUUGCGAGGAUUACGAGCAUGCCUGGUGUGUUCGCUUGUGAAGACCUUUGAUCAGUUCGAGUUCGAUGGAUGUGAAAACUGCGAGGAAUUUCUCCGGAUGAAGAACAACAAGGAUCAGGUUUACGAUUGCACCAGCAACAACUUUGAUGGAUUGAUCGCUGUUAUGAGUCCAGACGACAGCUGGGUGUGCAAAUGGCAGAGAAUUAAUCGUUUCCACAAGGGUAUCUAUGCCAUCUCAGUGUCGGGGCGUCUGCCAAACGGAAUCAUUCGGGAUAUGAAGAAUCGAGGCAUUCCAUACCGUCCCAGGGACACCAGUCAACGAUAAUCGGAGAUCUGCUAUCCAUCCCCCCAUUAUUCAGGUACCUUUAGGAAUUUCCUAUUUAAUAUACUGACGACACGUUUGCUAGGAUA